AAUAUGUAAUAAUUAAUGUAUAAACUUAUUUUGUUAGCCAUUUUGAAUGUACAGGUGCAACAGAGCUGGAAAGAAGGUGAAGUUGGAAAAGAAGAACACAAUGCUGAAGACUGGGCAUUGGCAAAAGUUCCCCUAGUUCUUGUUCCCAUUGCAAAUGGAAUAGAUGAUGUAGAAGCUGUUAUAGUUACUGUUAUAGUUACAGAUGUUCUGAGGAGAGCAAAAGCAAAUGUCAUUGUUGCUUCUGUAGAAGACAAUCUGCAAAUUGUGGCUGCAAGAGGAACAAAAAUUGUUGCUGAUAAGCUAAUUGAAGAAGUCAUUCAAUCAAAUUAUGAUUUGAUCCUUUUGCCGGGUGGUCUGCAUGGAGCUGAAAGAUUAGGUUCGUGCGAACACCUGGUCAAAUUGCUUAGAGAGCAAGCAAAAUCAAACAAAGUUUAUGGAGCUAUAUGUGCAUCAGCAGUAAUGCUGGACAACAAGGGUUUGUUAAAGGGUAAAAAAGCUACAUCUCAUCCACACCAUUCAAGCAGACUCUCAGACCAGAGUGCAGUGAAUGUAAGAGUUGUAGUUGAUGGAAAGGUGAUUACAAACAUGGGCGUAGGAGCUACCAUGGAAUUUGCAAUGACUAUUGUUGAGAAGGUCUUUGGGUUUGAAACAACCAAUCUUAUUGCUAAAGCCUUGGUUUUCUCAUAGGCUGAUGGAACUAUCACUUGUAUGGCUUCAACAAUAACUCAUCAAAAUAAUAUUUUAUGAGAUGAGAAAAAAUCAAUGCUUAAAAUAUUAACCUUUGAAUUAUCAGCCAUGUAUAUGUGCCAGAAUUCUUUGUUAAAUAGCUUUGGAAAUCACAGUGUGCUAUUCUCUUCA